AUGGUGUUGAAUCCGGAUGAAAUUCGCCUGGUUGCCAACAUGAGCGUCGAAGAGCUUUGUGCUCACUUUAACAAUGAUUUGGUACGAAUUAAUGAGUGCAAAGAGGAGAUUAAAUAUGUAUGUUUGUUUAUUUUUUGUGUUUUUGUUUUUAGGAACGUUCAAGUGGUGUACAAUAUGGUUUGAGGUUUUUGCUUGAGAAUAGGAGACUAGCUUGGCUUAGAAGGCUUUAACAGAUAGUUUGUUACUAUUUCAGCUUAUAAGGACAAUAAUGGAUUAAAAGUUGUAGGCUUCUUUUAAUUAUCUCGUCUUACUUGGUCAUCUACUAUAACAUCGAUUUUAGUAAGAUUUUUGUGUGUGGAUGGGGCUGAGGUUUAAGAUAUAGGAAAAAUUGCAUAUUUUAAUGCUUUAAAGGUUUAAAGGCGACCAAACUGUUGAAACUGACAAAAGUUAUGGUUAAUUUACUAAACGUGGUAAUGGGCUACCCUGCUGUUUGAAAAUGUUUUUUUUUGAGAUAAGAUAUAUCAAGGUUUGUAUAAUAUAAAGGGAAAAGUUAUGCUGAGCACGUUUGUUUAAAAUUUUGACAAUUUUUGUCAAACAUUUUUUUCAGUUAUGACGAGUAUUACCAUGUUUUAGCAAUACGAAAAGCGAAAGGCCGCCCAAGACCAUCGCAAUGAAUUUUUGGAGUCGAUGGUGCAGGAAAACGAAUCUCUGGAUCGACGAAUUGAAGAAAUGCGCGAGAAACGUAAAGAAGCGGCCGAACGUGUAGCCAAGGCGAAGAUUAUAUUGGCCCAGAAGCAAGAAGAUGCGAAGGCCAGAGCUCAACGAAAAGAAGAACAAGAAGAAAGACGACGUCGAGCUAUGAACUCAGGCAAGACUAAAGAAGCUUUGGAAGAAUUGCAGAAGAAGUCGGAUGAGAAACACAAGGAACUGGCGUCGUUGGACGAGAAGAAGAUGGAGAAGAUCGAAAGAAACGUGAGUUAUGGUUGUGUUUAGCUAUUAUGUGUGCUUGUUUGUUUUAGUUGGUAGAGUUGAUGUUAUGUUAGAUUGAACUAGUUUUAGUAAAAGAUGGAUAAUUAUGGUCAGGAAUUGAAGUACAUAUAGUAUUUUAGAAAGCCCUGGUAGAGAAAUUUGUAAAAAUGGAAGCACAGAAGGCUGAGGUUCUGGAGAAGUUGGAACAGCUCAGAAUGGCUGAUUCUAACCUCACGGAGCAGUUGGAAAUCAUGGAGAACACUUUUGAACAGCUUAAGGAGAGUCUUGAGGUGAGUUGAUUAUUUUAGGUAACUAUUCAUCGAAUAACAGAAGUUUUAUGUUAAAAAUUGAAAAAUAAGGUUUAUCUUUCAGGAAUGUCGCGUCGAAUUAGAAUCAGCCAAACACAGUGCUAAUGCCACGAAUCAAGCUCGUCCAUCUCUUUACAGUGAAGUAAGUAUAAUAUUUUGUUAUAUUGUUAUGAAUUUAGGUAAUGGAAGACAAGAAAGCUAGUGAGAAAGGUUAUCUUGAUCUCUGUGCCAGUAUUCGUUCACUAAAAGCCAGCAAAGAAUCAUUGGAGAGCCAGCUAAAGACCUUGGAGCAACAACCUGAAGCGACUGGUCGACAGGCCUUCAUUGGCUUUGGUAAGGUAGUUUUGAGGUGAAAAAAGAUUAUAGAGGGGAAGGGUUUGGUCGAAAAGUUUACAGAAAACAGGAUAUGAUCGAAAAGUUAAUAAAAAAGCUUAUUUUAGUCGAAAUGUUUAGAAACCUUGAGCUUGGUUUAAUGAUAUUGUUUUAGAUACGAUUGUAGCCACAUUCAAGCAAGUUACUGUUUCGGCCGAUGCAUUUUUUACAACUGCAAAGAACAUUGAAUUUACAGCCAAAUCAGGAGCCCUUCAGACCUCUUUUCCUAGCCAAGAUCAGCAAAAGAUCUUUAAUAGAGUACAGUAAGUAUCUAAAAUAAUACUUUUUGAUGGAAAAGUCGAUUUUUCACACUAAUUUUGUAGAUUCACACUAAAAAGUUAAUAUGUAUUGCUAGAGAAUUUAAUUUUGUAGAGUAUAAUGUUUGUUUUGUUUAGUGCACAACUGAGAAUCGCGAGAAAGAGCUGCGAAGACGCCAAGUUGUUCACCACCACAAUACUGGAGGAGAUCCGCAAAUUGAUGUAG